AGAGCGUAGAGGAAAUAUCGAGGUGAAACGACGGAGUUAGGCGGCUGCUCGACCCUACUGCCUUUGAAAAAUAAAUCCACAGUCUGUUAAGACUUGUAGGCUGACUCGUUUUCUGUCAGGAUGGAUCUACUGUUUGGGCGCCGGAAGACCCCAGAGGAGAUGCUACGGCAAAAUCAGCGGGCUCUGAACCGUGCCAUGCGAGAAUUAGACCGUGAGCGGCAGAAGCUGGAGACCCAGGAGAAAAAGAUCAUUGCUGACAUCAAGAAAAUGGCUAAGCAAGGACAGAUGGAUGCUGUGAAAAUCAUGGCUAAAGAUCUGGUGCGAACAAGGCGCUAUGUCAAGAAAUUCAUCCUGAUGCGGGCUAACAUCCAGGCAGUGUCCCUUAAGAUACAGACACUCAAAUCGAACAACUCCAUGGCUCAGGCAAUGAAAGGUGUCACCAAAGCCAUGGCUACCAUGAACAGACAGCUCAAGUUGCCUCAGAUUCAGAAGAUCAUGAUGGAGUUUGAAAAGCAGUCAGAGAUCAUGGAAAUGAAGGAAGAGAUGAUGAAUGAUGCUAUUGAUGAUGCAAUGGGAGAUGAAGAGGAUGAGGAGGAAAGUGAUGCUGUUGUCUCCCAGGUGUUGGAUGAGCUAGGUCUGACACUGACCGAUGAGCUGUCAAAUUUGCCUUCCACUGGUGGUUCUCUGAGCGUGGCAGGAGGAAAGAAAGCUGAAGCCUCAGCAGCCCUCGCCGACGCAGAUGCUGAUUUGGAGGAGCGGUUAAAAAAUCUACGGCGAGACUAGAAGAGCAGUGCCCAGCUCCCUUGCCCUCCCUUAGCUUGGGUGGCUCUUCAGCCACUCCUGGUGUUAGGAUUACAACUCUGCUGUGGCAGGGAGUCCUAGCUUCGCAAGCUUGUGUGAGGUUGACCGUGGGGGCAUAAGUGGGGGGAAAGAAGGGUUAAACCAAGCUAUGUGGUGCUUUUAUAUUCCCCUUUGAUUUGAAAGGACUUUCAGCAUCACUUGGCAAAAUUAUACAGCAAUUUCUUUUCUUUUUUCCCUAUCAUGAAAACGCCUCCAUUUCCAUGAGGCUGGAUAGCUUGGGAUCUAAAGGAGGUUUCCUUCGGGGGGGGGG